AUGCUCCACGAGAUCCUCCUCUCGCUCUCCGGCCAGCCGUCUCCCCUCUUCAGCCAUUCACAAGGGAAAGAUGCGCUCGCUCAAAAUGAUCUAUCCCUUCUCGCACCUCCGGAGAAAGCCCUCCUCCGAUCUAUUGCCCAUUUAAGCCAACUGCACGCGCAGCUCCGAGCCCAUACCUCUCAGAUAUCGUCCGCGCAUAGGUCCGUGAUCUGUCGCUCAGUGUCCACCGCUAUAGUUACAAAUCAUCUGGGCAGUUUUCAGAAGAAGGUCCUCGAGGUGGAGAAAGCAAUUCUCGCGGAAGACAGCGGAUAUGUUGGCGGGUAUGGUAUCGUCCCGCUGUCCACCAUCGUGGGCGAAUUCGCGCCAUGGACACGGCGCAUGGAGUGGCUUUGGGAGGUUGUCAAAUUCAUACAGCCCGAGAACAAACUCCAAGAUUCACGCUAUGGCUGCACGGGGGCGGCACUUAUCAAUCACUUGCGCACCGAGUCUCAAACCGGAUAUCUGGACAUCAAAGACAUGGCCGUGCAGUUAGCAACCGCGGCGGAAACGGCAUGGAUGAAGCAAUUAUCUAUGUGGAUUUUAUAUGGGAAUUUGCCCAUGUACGGCAAAAGCGACUUUUUCAUUCAAGAAGAUUCCGAUCCUGAAGAAGGGGAUGCUCAAUUCAGCAUGCACAUGGAAUUGCUCCCAAACUUCGUGUCAGCACAAACAGCAGGGUCGAUCCUCUUCAUUGGGAAAUCACUCAAUCAUGUCCGCGCAAAGAAGAAGACCUCGGGAGGGAUCUCAACUGCCCCAGUAACCCUCUAUCAGGAACACAUAGCACAUCUUGCCGGGCUCAAGUCGCCAAUAUCAUCCACUCAGCUUUCCACGGCUGUAGACUGGAUCCGUCUGUCAUUAUCGCAAUCGACGUUAUCUAAACUGCUGCCUCUUCCGAGAAUCCUGGAGAUGCUUACAUUACUCCACGACUUCCUUCUCUUGGGACGAGGCGAAUUUGCCGUGGCGCUAGUGUCCCAUGCGGACUCACGCAUUGAGGAGAACCGAAGAAGAGGGGCCCUCGCUCGCGCUCAAUCUGGAGGGUUUGCCGGGCUCCUCAUCAAAGAAGGCGAUGUAAUGACGGCCCUAGCCCAAGCAUGGGCUGAGCUGUUCUCUCUACAAAAAGAAGAAGAUCCAGCAGAUGAGGAGCUAGAGCUUGCGCGAGAGCUUCUUUGCUUGUCAAUCAGCGACAACAAAUCCGGCCGUCCAAUGACCCCGUCGCAAAGCUCAACUACAAUCCCAGAGAUCUCGAGAGUCUCAUUUGAAGACAUUCUCUUCCCUACACCGACAUGCCUGACAGCCCAGGUCCGCGCGCCCCUGGAUCUCUUCCUGUCAAGUUCCGAUAUUGCCGUUUACUCCAAGAUCCACUCUUAUCUGCUGGGCAUCAGGCGUGCUCAAAUACGCCUUGGCGACCUAUGGAAAAGAACCUCCCUCCGGAGGAAUCACCCAUCACCAUGGGGACCACCUCGAAGCAACAGUGCAUUCGGCCAAAACAAGCUGAGAGAAGGUCGUGAUAGGGACAAUACCCGUAUCCGACAAAUGCGUCCAAUCUGGGCCACUGCAAGUGCUUGUUUGUUUGUACUUUCGGAGAUUGGCAGCUUCUUCCAGGGAGAAGUUGUCCACGAGUCCUGGCAGCAUCUGCGGGAGUGGAUCGAAGGGCCGUCACUUUCAACGGGCUCAGCGCCCGGCUCUCGGCCAGGGACCGCAUCGUCUUCAAAACAGCAGCGUCAAUCUCGUGCAGCGUCUCCAGACCGCGUAUCUAGUCGACCGACCUCCAACGCUGGCCCCCCAUCUAUGGGCCGACACGACCCCGAAGCAUUGACCGUUGCACACCGACGCCAUCUCUCCACUCUGGUUCAAUCGCUGUUCCUCACAGAAACCGCAUUUACCAGCGUCCUCCGCACCCUUCUCACCAGCGUGGACCGCUUCAUGGCUCUUGUGAUCCGCCUCGAAACUAUUCAACGCAACAUGGACCUAGAAACGGACGAAGGCGUCGUCGAUGCCCUAGUUGACUACGCGCAAGAAGAGCGCGAAGUCUGGCAAGACCUGCGCAGCACGUGCGAGGACGUGAAAGCCGGCAUGAAAGACCUCGUUUCGAGUCUCCGCGAUAUCGACGACCGUCGAUCGGGCGAGGGCCUAGGCCCCGCCACGCAGUUCGGCAUGGGCCAGGCCUGGCCGGGAACCCGUGCAGAGGGAAGCACAGGCCCCGGAUUCCACCACUAUGUACCGCGCCAACCGGCGGGUGUGGACCGACUGUUGAUGAAGCUCGACUUUGGGAGUCUCCGUGGUGCUACGUUGUCCCCUGGUCUGGCGGACCUGGAGUUUGGACGUAUGUGA